GUCAACGGCCAUGUUCAAUCGAUCUGGACCUCCGAAACAUCAUGUUGGAGUGUCCCAACGUUCGUACAAGACCCAUUGCUAUGCAUACAUGGCCUUUCGUCCGGCCUCAACUAUGGCCAGCAAGUGUUCGAAGGCCUAAAAGCCUUCCGCCACUCGAACGACGACGUGCAUGUCUUCCGCCCCCAGGCUCACGCGGCACGAUUUGCCCAGUCGGCAUCGCUCGCGGCGAUCCCCCCCGUCCCACACGAGCUGUUCAUGAGGGCAAUCUCCAUGGCGAUCGAGCUGAACUCGGAAUACGUGCCUCCUUCCAGCAUGCGCCAGGCAGCUCUGUACAUUCGACCCCUGGCGCUCGCAUCGAGCCCCGCACUCAACCUUCGCAGGGCGACGCAAUUCCAUUUCGCCGUCUAUGUGAUUCCCGUAGCCGCGGCGCAAAAGGCAAGGCUCGAAGGAGCGAGAGCGCUGGUGGUGGAAGAUUUCGAUCGUGCAGCGCCACAGGGUACGGGAAGAGCCAAGAUCGGAGGCAAUUAUGCGCCAAUGACGGUUGUGAUGGAACGGGCGAGGGAGCAGCAAUAUGACCUGACCUUACACCUGGACAGCGCCACGCAUACCAUGAUUGAAGAGUUUUCUGUUUCGGGGUUUGUGGGAGUGCGCAGAGACGGGCCGGUUACCACUUUGUUGGUGGCCGAUGGUCCAACGGUGCUGAAAAGUAUUACAGCGGACAGUCUCUGUCAGCUUGCUUCUAGUUUCGGCUGGGAAGUAGACCGACGCCAGAUCCAGUUUGAUGAAGUUCGUGGCUUCCACGAGGCGUUCGCCGUGGGCACGGCCUUUGUGCUCACACCAAUUCAAUCCAUCACACGUCGAUCCACGUCGGAGACGAUUCGUUUUCCCGGGCGCUAUCAGGACGCAGAGUCGUCGUACCAUCGCCUUUGCGAGGCGUUCAAAGGCAUACAGACUGGCGAGCGGCCCGAUACAUGGACGUGGAUGGAGAAAGUACCGAUCGUAGUGUAA